CAUGUUUGUCCACUGGGAUGACAUAAACACACAAUCAGCAAAGUUAACUAUUAAGUUGUCAGGAUGAAAGGUCAGGAGGCAUGCCUUUAAUUGAGAUGUGAGAAUGGGAAAAGCACAGUGCCCCUUGACAUCUGCUUCCUUUGAGGAAGAGGAUAAAGAAGAAACAAGACAAUCAUAGAGGCGUCUUCAUUACCGAAGCUAGAAAAGUCUUCAUUACCAAAGCACUCUGGAGACCAGCCAACAUGGAAGAAUACUGCAACUCUACCUUUUGGAAUAUCUCAUAUCUGGAAAGACAAGAUGCCGACCUGCCUCUUUGCUUUGAACAAACUGUUUUGGUGUGGAUUCCCUUGGGCUUUCUUUGGCUCUUGGCCCCUUGGCAGCUUUUCAGUGUGUACAGAUCCAGGAUCAAGAGAUCUCCUACAACUAAAUUCUACCUUGCUAAGCAGGCGGCCGUCCUGUCUCUUCUUAUAUUAGCAGCCAUAGACCUGUCGCUUGUACUCACGGAAGAUCCUGGAGAAGCCGCAACUCCUCCUGUUAGAUAUACUAAUCCGAUCCUCUACAUAUGCACAUGGCUCCUGGUUCUGGCGGUCCAGCACAGCAGGCAGUGGUGUGUGCAGAAGAACUCUUGGUUCCUGUCCGUAUUCUGGGUUCUCUCCGUAUCCUGUGGCACCUUCCAAUUUCAGACUCUGAUCCGAGCACUCCUGAAGGACAGCAAGUCUAACAUGGCCUAUUCCUACCUGUACUUUGUCUCAUAUGGGUUCCAGAUCGUCAUGCUCCUUCUUUCGGCCUUUUCAGAACAGAGUGACUCAUCACAGAAUCCAUCAUCCACGGCUUCAUUUCUGAGUAGCAUUACAUUUAGUUGGUAUGACAGCACUGUUCUGAAAGGUUACAAGCAUCCACUGACUCUAGACGAUAUCUGGGAUGUUGACGAAGGGAUUAAAGCAAAGUCAGUCAUCAGCAAGUUUGAAAGGUUCAUGACAAAGGACCUGCAGAAAGCCAAGCAGGCUCUUCAGAGGCGGCAGCAGAAGAAGAAAUCCCAGCGGAAGCCCGAGGCCACGCUGCACGGUUUAAGCAAGAGCCAGAGUCAAAGCCAAGAUGUUCUUGUCCUGGAAGAAGCUAAAAAGAAGAAGAAAAAGAAGCCCGGGACCACAAAAGACUUUCCUAAAUCCUGGCUGGUCAAGGCUCUCUUCAAAACCUUCUAUGUGGUGACCCUGAAAUCAUUUAUACUGAAAUUAGUCCACGAUAUUCUUGUGUUUAUAAGUCCUCAGCUGCUAAAGUAUCUCAUUGGCUUUGUGAGAGACCCUGAUGCGUAUGUGUGGCUUGGAUAUAUCUUCGCCAUCCUGUUGUUUGUUGCGGCUCUCCUCCAGUCUUUCUGCCUCCAGAAUUAUUUCCAAUUCUGUUUUGUGUUGGGAGUAAAUGUACGGACAACCAUCAUGGCUUCUAUAUAUAAGAAAGCACUGACGCUGUCUAACUUGACCAGGAGGCAGUACACCAUUGGAGAGACAGUGAACUUGAUGUCUGUAGAUACCCAAAAGCUAAUGGAUGUGACCAACUACAUCCACUUGGUGUGGUCAAGUGUUUUACAGAUUGCCUUGUCCAUCUUCUUCCUGUGGAAUGAGUUGGGACCUUCAGUCUUAGCAGGUGUUGGCGUAAUGAUUCUCCUGAUCCCAGUUAAUGGAGUCCUGGCUGCAAAGAGCAGGAAGAUUCAGGUACAAAACAUGAAGAACAAAGAUAAGCGUUUAAAAAUCAUGAACGAGAUUCUCAGUGGAAUUAAGAUCCUGAAAUAUUUUGCCUGGGAGCCUUCAUUCAAAGAGCAAGUCGACAGCCUUCGGAAUAAAGAGCUCAAGAACCUACUGCACUUUGGCCAGCUGCAGACUCUGAUGAUAUUCACCUUACAGUUAACUCCAGUGCUGGUGUCUGUGAUCACCUUUUCUGUUUACGUGCUGGUGGAUAGCAACAACAUUUUGGAUGCAGAGAAGGCCUUCACCUCCAUCACCCUCUUCAAUAUCCUACGCUUUCCGCUCACCAUGCUUCCCAUGGUGACCACAUCAAUUCUUCAGGCCAGCGUUUCUGUAGACCGGAUAGAGAAGUACCUGGGAGGAGACGAUUUGGAUACAUCUGCUAUUCACCGUGUCUGCAAUUUUGAUAAAGCCGUGCAGUUUUCAGAGGCCUCUUUUACUUGGGACCCGGACGUGGAAGCCACAAUCCGAGAUGUGAACCUGGACAUAAAGCCAGGCCAAUUGGUGGCUGUGGUGGGCACUGUAGGCUCUGGGAAAUCCUCUCUGAUAUCAGCCAUGCUGGGAGAGAUGGAAAACGUCCAUGGGCACAUCACCAUCAAGGGCACCAUAGCCUAUGUCCCUCAGCAGUCCUGGAUUCAGAAUGGGACCAUCAAAGACAACAUCCUUUUUGGAUCUGAAUUCAACGAAAAGAGAUACCAGCAAGUCCUUGAAGCUUGUGCUCUCCUUCCAGACUUGGAAAUAUUGCCUGGGGGAGACAUGGCUGAGAUUGGAGAGAAGGGUAUAAACCUCAGUGGUGGUCAGAAGCAGCGAGUCAGCCUGGCCAGGGCCGUCUAUCAAAACGCAGACAUCUAUAUUCUAGAUGACCCCCUGUCGGCUGUGGAUGCUCAUGUGGGAACGCACAUUUUCAAUAAGGUUGUGGGCCCCAGGGGCCUGUUGAAUGGCAAGACUCGAAUCUUGGUUACUCAUGGCAUUCACUUCCUUCCCCAAGUGGAUGAGAUUGUAGUUCUGGGGAAUGGCACCAUCUUAGAGAAAGGACCCUAUCAUGAUCUGUUGGACAAGAAGGGGGUGUUUGCCAAGAAUCUGAAGACAUUCAUGAAGCAUUCAGGGCCUGAAGGAGAGACCACAGUCAACGAUGGCAGUGAAGAAGAAGAUGACGACUGUGGGCUGAUACCAACUGUGGAGGAAAUCCCUGAGGACGCGGCUUCCUUGACCAUGAGAAGAGAAAACAGCCUUCGCCGAACACUGAGCCGCAGGUCUAGGUCCAGUGGCAGGCAUGGGAAGUCCCUCAAAAACUCCUUGAAAACUAAGAAUGCCUUGAAGAAAGAGGAGGACCUGGUGAAAGGACAAAAACUAAUCAAGAAGGAGUUUGUGGAAACCGGGAAGGUAAAGUUCACCAUCUACCUGAAAUAUCUGCGAGCAGUAGGAUGGGGUUCGAUAUCCUGUAUCAUCUUUAUCUAUGGAUUGAGUUACAUUGCUUUUAUUGGCUCUAACCUCUGGCUGAGUGCGUGGACCAGCGACUCUGAAAAGUUCAACGGCACUGACUAUCCGCCUUCUCAGAGGGACAUGCGGAUUGGGGUCUUUGGAGGCCUGGGAUUAGCACAAGGUGCACUUUUGUUCUUGUCAAGUCUCUGGUGUAUAUACGCUUUCAACCACGCAUCAAGAACUUUGCACAAGCAACUGCUAACCAACAUCCUUCGAGCACCCAUGAGUUUUUUUGACACGACUCCCACAGGCCGGAUUGUGAACAGAUUUGCUGGUGAUAUUUCUACAGUGGAUGACAUGCUCCCCAUGAGUUUCCGAAGCUGGACUUUAUGUUUCUUUGGCAUAGUUGUCACUCUUAUUAUGAUCUGCAUGGCCACUCCAAUCUUCGCUGUCAUCAUUAUCCCUCUCAGCAUUAUUUAUGUAUCUGUCCAGCUGUUUUAUGUGGCCACUUCCCGCCAGCUGAGACGGUUGGAUUCUGUCACCAAAUCCCCAAUCUAUUCCCACUUCAGUGAGACUGUCUCAGGUUUGCCUGUUAUCCGUGCCUUUGAGCACCAGCAGCGAUUUCUGACAUGCAGUGAGAAGGGGAUUGACACCAACCAGAAAUGUGUCUUUUCCUGGAUUAUCUCCAACAGGUGGCUUGCAAUUCGUCUGGAGCUGGUUGGAAACUUGGUGGUCUUCUUUUCAGCCUUGCUUCUGGUUAUUUAUAAAAAAAGCUUAACCGGGGACACCGUGGGCUUUGUUCUGUCCAACGCUCUCAAUAUCACGCAAACCCUGAAUUGGCUGGUGAGGAUGACAUCAGAAGCAGAAACCAACAUUGUGGCUGUUGAACGAAUAAACGAAUAUAUAAAUGUGGAAAACGAGGCACCCUGGGUGAUCGAGAAGAGGCCUCCAGCAGAUUGGCCCAGAGAAGGUGAGAUCCAGUUCAACAACUACCAAGUACGGUACCGGCCUGAACUGGAUCUGGUUCUGAAAGGGAUCACCUGUAACAUCAAGAGCAAUGAGAAGGUUGGUGUGGUGGGCAGGACCGGAGCUGGGAAAUCAUCCCUCACAAACUGCCUCUUCAGAAUCUUAGAGUCUGCAGGUGGCCAGAUCAUCAUUGAUGGGAUAGACAUUGCUUCCAUUGGGCUGCACGACCUUCGAGGAAAACUGACCAUCAUCCCCCAGGACCCCAUCCUGUUCUCUGGGAGUCUGAGGAUGAAUCUAGACCCUUUCAACAAAUUCUCAGAUGAGGAGAUUUGGAAGGCCCUGGAAUUGGCUCAUCUCAAAUCCUUCGUGGCUGGCCUGCAACUUGGGUUGAACCACGAAGUGACAGAAGGUGGUGACAAUCUGAGCAUAGGACAAAGGCAGCUCCUGUGCCUGAGCAGAGCUGUGCUCCGAAAAUCCAAAAUCCUGAUCCUGGAUGAGGCCACAGCUGCCGUGGAUCUAGAAACGGAUAGCCUGAUUCAGACGACCAUCCGAAACGAGUUCUCCCAAUGCACGGUCAUCACCAUUGCCCACAGGCUGCACACCAUCAUGGACAGUGACAAGAUAAUGGUCCUGGACAAUGGAAGGAUUGUAGAGUGCGGCAGUCCAGAAGAGCUGCUGUCCAACGCCGGCCCCUUUUAUCUUAUGGCCAAGGAAGCUGGCAUUGAAAAUGUGAACAACACGGAGCUCUAGCAGCUGGUUCCGUGGCUAGAGGGCUCUAAGAACAUUCUUAUUUACUUUUGGGUUUCAUGACUAUGACAUAGGUGUAAAGAUACAUAUUUUAUUGCUGUUGCUCAGGUUGGUCUCAAGCUCUAAAGCUCAAGUAAUCUCUGGUCUCAGCCUCCCAUAUAAAAAUAUAUAUUAAAAGAGAAUCAUAAGUAAAUAUUCUCAGGUACCUCAGAAAAUCCGCAGCUGAUAGCUCUGUUGUUAGAGUGCUUGCCUCGAGAGCACAAGGACCCAGAGCCUGUUAUCUUCUUUAAAGUGGGCGUAGUGGCAUGUGAUU